GCACGGGGACCAGCAUAAUCGCCCUUUGCCCAAGGAAAGUAAACAAAACUGAGAGGAGAAGGAGCCGGCCGACUGCGGCAGCAAUUAAUCCAACCAUUCUGCUGCCACGUGGCUAUCACAUGCGUGCCCGCAUGAAUACGCGGGUCGUCCGGAUGCCUUUGUCCUGUCCGCUUGAUUUCUUUGUCCGAUCCGAUGGAUUGCCGCCAUGUUCGGAGCUCCCAAGCCGAGCAAGCAACGAUGCUCUUGUUCUUAGCUACCGACGGACGAAGCUCCGCUGUCCCUUUAACCUCGCCUCGCGUUUCCCAUGGCCUUCGGCUUCGUCACUCUUGAAACUCGAUUCGUGUUCAUGGUUGCGCUGGAGAGUUGAGAAGCAGAGCUACACGGUCGACCAUGGGCUUUUUCGGCCCGAGGCACGCCGUAAAGUCGCCUCCUUUACCCCAGCGGAAGUCCACCACCCUUCGGCGGCUCUUCGACCUCGACUCCCAAAUCGACGCCCUGUCGCCGUACCCUCCCGCCGCUCCCUCCGCUGAUGCAGAGACCAAACAGCUUCUUUCCGCCAUUUCCUACUGCACCACCGCCGUGUUCAACUUCGUCGACCCUGCUGAGUCGCCGGCGCAGCAGGACCUCAAGCGACGGCAGCUGUCGCACGUCCUCAGCGCCGUCCGGGAGAUAAAGGCGCUUCCUUUCCUCGACGAAGCUGUCUGGAAGCCGCUCCUCGCCAUGCUCGCCGCCAACCUCUUCCGCCCGCUCCCUCCGCCGGCGCACCCCUGUUUGCCGCCGGACCUCCUCGACGAGGACGGCGGCGGCUACGCGAUGGCGCUCGCUCCCGAUUGGCCCCACCUCCACAUCGCGUACGACAUCCUCUCCACGGCCGUGGCCGAGGCCGACGAGCGGACGCUCCGCCGCCACAUCGACCGCGGGUUCCUCCGCGGCCUCGUCUCGCUGUUCCAGUCGGAGGACCCGCGGGAGCGAGACCGGCUCAAGGUGGUGUACCACCAGCUGUACUCGAAGCUGGCCCCGGACCGCGGGUUCAUGCGGAGGCAGAUGGUGUGCGCGCUCGCGCACCAGGUGUUCGACGCGGAGCCGCGGCCCUUCGGGACGGCGGAGCUGCUAGAGAUCUGGGGCAGCAUCAUCUGCGGCUUCGCCGUGCCGCUCAAGGAGGAGCACCGCGUGUUCCUAAGCCGCAUUCUGGUGCCACUGCACAAGGCCAAGUGCGUCGGCGCGUACCACCGGCAGCUGGCCUACUGCGUGACCCAAUUUGUGGCCAAGGAGCCGGAGCUGGGGGAGGUGGUAGCGAAGGGGAUCCUACGGCAUUGGCCGUCCACCAACUGCCACAAGGAGGUGCUGCUGCUGGAAGAGCUGGAGGAGCUGGUGGAGUCGUCGGACGUCGGCGACUUGCAGAAGGUGGCCGUGCCAAUCUGCAACCGUGUAGCCCGCUGCUCCGGCAGCACAAACUCUCAGGUGGCAGAGAGAGCUCUGUGCAUGUGGAACAAUGAGCAAUUCGUGAAGAUGGCGUCGCGGUGCUGGGAGCAAGUUCUCCCGGCCAUCGUGGAAUCCGUGGAGAAGAACAUCGAGUGGCACUGGAGCAAAUCGGUGCAGGAGUUGGCCACCUCGCUGAAGAGGAUGCUGGAGGAGGUGGAGCCGGCGCUGUACUCGAGGUUUCUGCUGCAGCUUCAACGCAAGGAGGCAGACAUGGCGGAGGAGGAGAGGAAGAGGAAGAUGAGGUGGGAGAGACUAGAGAUGGCUUAGCUGCUUGCUCAAUUCGCCGAUGCUUGUGAAUAAUUGCUAAGAAUACCACUUAUCCAGUGGAGAUGAAGGGAUGGGACGACUUGGUCAAA